UUGGAGAGAAUUCCUCUCAGAAACUCUUACGAAGAUUUUAUAUAAAUCUCAAUCGGAGGACCGUAGUUAACGAUAGUACAAGCAAUUCAAAGCAAGGUGGAGAAGAACUUGUACAUCAAAUAUCAAAAUUCGCUCCCACCUUGCUUUGUACUUUCCCUAUAGUUGAAGAAUAG